AUGGUUAGGAAGUGUGCAAAGUUUCAAAUCCAGAUGUCCAUAGACUUUGAAAGUAUUAAAGGUGGUACGCAAGCUAUAACAAGAUUCGUAGCAGUAAGAGGAACACCAAAGGAAAUAAUCAGCGACAAUGCCAAACAAUUCAAAUUGUCUAAUCAAACUAUUAGAUUGAUAUUGGCGAAAACAUUGCAAGAAGCAGAUGUACAAAAUUAUGCAUCCACUGAGGGUAUUAAAUGGACCUUCAUAGUAGAACUGGCGCCCUGGAUGGGAGGUGUAUAUGAAAGAUUAGUUGGAAUUGUAAAGCGUGCAUUGAGGAAAGCUCUAGGAAAGAAAUUGUUAUUGAUGGAUCAAAUAAGCACUGUCGUUAAAGAGAUAGAAGCUGUAGUCAACAGGAGACUUCUAGUGUAUGUUGGCGAAGACAUAAAGUCAUCAAUAACUUUAACACCAGGUCAUUUUCUCUGCUUAAAUCCGAAAACUGGAAUACCAAAUCUUGAUUAUGAUUACAGCGAUCCAGAAUUUAAACCAUAUGAAAGUUCUGCCGAGAGGUUAUUACAACUAUGGAAAAAAGGAGAACGACUCCUGAAUAAAUUUUGGAUCUUAUGGCGAGAUGAAUAUUUGCUUAGUUUACGAGAGAGAUCACAGAACAAAAUUAAAUCUGUAAAAGUGCAAUCAUCCGAAUCACCUAACUUAGGAGAUAUAGUUAUAAUAAAAGAUGAUCUUCCACGAGGUCAGUGGAAACUAGCAAAAAUAAUAAAUUUACGCACAAGUAGGGAUGGACAAGUUCGGUCUGCUGAAUUAGAAACCUCAGUUGGACAAAUUUUGAGACGGCCUCUUAAUUUGCUUUACCCUAUUGAAAUGUCAGAGUCAAAAAUUAGGGAUCCAGAUAUUAAAAGAAAUUCACACCAACAAGAGACAGAAGCAAAGGAUUGUCAAUUCAAAACAUUAAGGCCUAUGCGUAAAGCUGCGGAGAAAGCUAGACAAAUGUUCCAAAAUAUGUGA